AGGAAAUAAGGGUUUUAAUAGCAAUGUAAUAUAGCGGAAAAGAAGUUUGUGCUAUUGUAUGUUUGUGGCUAGAAAUAUAAUAGCGUUUCUUUAAGUAAAAAGCUAUUAUAUCUGGAGCGGCAAAAUGAAAUUUGCAAGCGCGCAUGUUUUUGGGAUUUUGAUCUUUAGAUUAUAGCACUGAGAAAGAAUAAUCGUUAUGGUAUCCUCGACCGCUUAUUUUUUUAUUAAAACCCGCGAAUGAUAAAUUUUGUGGGAAAUAUAUCUUUGACCAAAGCAAAGAAUAUUUAGUACUUUUUCAUUAAAACAAAAGAAUAUCGUCUCUGCAUUUUCUCUCCCAAGGUGUUCUUCGUGAGACCCCUUCGGAAUCAUCGAUCUCUGUCUUCUUUGUCUUCAUCGAUCUCUGUCUUCUUUGUCUUCUUCGAUCUCAGGAACAAAUUAACAUGGGGCCGAAGACACGAGGAGGAAUGGUUAGAAGAAGCAGACGUUCCCAAGGUCUGGAAGCAGAAACAGAGUUCAUUGAGAUAACCAGAAAGAGUACGAAAAUGCGUAAGUUAAAUAAGGGAAAAGAAGUUGCUAUUGAAGAAGAAAACAUUGAGAUAAGGCAAGAAAGUGCUGACGAAGUCCCGACAAAGGUUUCUGAAGAUGUUAAUGAGGCGGAUGGUGAUGGUGAUGGUGAUGAUCCACAUGUGGAAAUUGAAGUUGAGAAUGUCAUUGCUGAAGAACAGUCUCAGUCUGAGAAUGGAGUUACUGAAGAACCUUCUCAGCCGAGAGAAGCUGACAUGGAAGCUGAAAAUGGAGUUACUCAAGAACCUUCUCAGCCGAGAGAAGCUGACAUGGAACCUGAGAAUGGAUUUACUCAAGAACCUUCUCAGUCGAGAGAAGCUGACAUGGAACCGGAGAAUGGAGUUACUCAAGAACCUUCUCAGCCGAGAGAAGCUGACAUUGAAACUGAGAAUGGCAUUUCAGGAGCAGAAGCAUCGCCAUCUGAUGGAAAACAAAAGAAGAAAAGAGGACCCACAAAGAUGCGUAAAGUGGCCAAGGAUCAUCAAGAGAAGGUUUCUGUGUCAUUCACUGAGCUUGGCGAACAUGUAGGUCCUGGAUCAGUGACACUUUCAUCAUUCCUUGGACCCCUUGUACGCGAACAUGUGACUGUACUUCUUGAUGAUUGGAGGAAUCUUGAUAAGCAGACAAAGGACACACUAUGGGAGGAAAUUCAGGCGAGGUUUGAUUUGAAAGAAGAGUGGCAAAAAGAUUCAGUCUUCAAACAGAUGGGCUGUUUGUGGAGAUCUGGAAAGUCAAGGCUUGUAUCACAACUGCGAAAUGCAAAAAGCUCCACAGAGAGAGCAGCACUGAAACCAAGCAACAUUCGAUCUGUUCAGGUUUGGAGCGCUUGGGUUAAGAGUAGGACUUCGUCUGUGUUCAAGGCAAAGAGUGAAAAGUACAGAGCACUAAGGAGAGCUCAGAUUCCUCACACCACUAGUCGUAGAGGAAUGAAUCGUCUAGCUUGUGAAAUGAAAAAAAAGAGUGAAGACCCUAAGAAGAUUAGCCGGAGCAAGGUCUGGAUAGCAGGACACACUCACUCUGAUGGUAGACCUGUUAGACCUGAGUUUGCUGAAACCAUUGAAAAAAUAAUUUCACUUGAUAGUCAAAUGGACUCCACAUCCAGUGUUAAUAUAAAAGAAGAUGCUGUUAGUCAAGUGUUGGGAGUAGACAAACCUGGACGAGUCAGAGGGUUGGGAAGAGGGAUUACUGCUACGAAACUAGCAUUCUUGUCAGCUAGAGACUCCAAACUUGCCGACUUGGAAAGCGAGAUUAAAGACUUGAAGAUUCUGGUCCGUAACUUAGCUGGAAAUAAGAAAAACAAUGAUGAUUGUGUUUCUCCAUCUGAGGCUAGUUAUGUAUACAAAGAAGGAACUAGAGUUCAACUACUUGAUUGGUGUGAGUCAAAAGAUGUUGUUGUCGCUGAAGGAGAAUUCUGCUCUGCUGAAGGUACAUACAAGAUUGGUCGUAUUCCGAUUGGUCCUAACGCCGCGGCGGUUGUUGUAAAGUCGGUAUCAAACCCGAAGGCAUCUGUUUGGAGGCCAACUACGGAUGUGCGUAAUCUUCAGGAAGCAGCGGGAUGCAAAAUUCCAUGGCCAAUUGAUAAACUGAUACUAGAUAGUGCAUCGAACAACCAUCCAGUUUCCUCGGAUGUGUUAGGAUCAAAGAAUACUACCGUAGAUGAUCUUGAAAGGUGCAAGAUCUACGAUUGGGUUAAGGGCGUCGAGGUAAUCGCUGAAGGUUUUAUGGGUUCGACUGACCCAUAUGAGAUGGUGAACAAUGUUCCUUUGGGUCCGAAUGCUGUAGUUAUGAGAGUUGCUAAGGUGAUUAAUGGGAAAGCUUUUCUAUGGAGGCCAACAAGUGACAUGACAACAAUGAGUGAUGCUGUUAAUGAAAAGAUCGCAUGGCCGCUCCAUAAUGUAUCAGUAAUUAAAGUUCCUGAAGAUGAAGGGGAAGCUAGUGUCAGAAGGCCUUCAUUGAGUCCAAGUGGCAGCACUAGUUCCACCCGUUCAGGUAGUAAAAAGAAGUGCAUCUUGUUGGACCACAACAACUCAGGACGGAAAGUCGCAGAAGGCAGAGUAAGUAGUACUGAUCCAUUGUGUUUAGUCCAUCACGUCCCGUUAGGUCCCAAUGCAAGUCGGGUCUGGGUUGAAGUGGCCUUGAUUGAAGAUGCAUCUCUAUGGAGACCAAACUCUUUUCUGGAAGACAUAUCAGAUGCUGUGGGCAGCACAGUGGCUUGGCCAAAUGAUAAGAUUCUGUAUGUUUAAAUGUACUCGAUCGAGUGUUCUCAAAGACAUAUUUAUGGAUCGGAGUAUGCUUGUUUUGUUUUAAGACAUAUUUUGCUUGUUUGGUUGUAAGACAUAUUUUGUUUGGUUGUUAAGACAUAUUUCUAAUAAGAUUA